AUGGCACAAACUGGUUCCUCCAGUGAAGCCAGUGAGAAGCGGUUAACCUUAAAACGUAAAAGAAAUUCCACAGACGAUGAGCUUGAAAAUAUGCCACCAUUAAAAAUCUCAUCGGUACUUGAAGAAGAACUCCUUGACCAGCCAGCUCACAAUGUUGUAGUAGAGUCAUCUUCUUGCUCCAGUGAUGAUGAAAGCUCCCAAUAUGGGAUCAAUGACCAACCAAGGAGUGUGUACACAGACAUAGAUUAUAACCCUGACAGUUUUUUGAGCCCACCAAGUAUAUCUGACCUUCCUAAUGGUGUACUGAGCCCCUUGGAGAAUGUAGCUAGAGGAGAGUCUACACCACAUUCAAAUAAAAGGCCUAGUACAAGCAAAAUGCCAUGCCCCUUGCCAAAACGCAAGUGUCCCCUGCCAGGUUUGUCCUGGGCAGACCCAGCUGAUGUGUGGAACAGUAUGUGCGAUUGUGAUGCUAGAUCUAGUAAUAAGAAGAAUGCCAAUAUGUUUGACAAUCAUCCCAAUUUACAACCGAGGAUGAGAGCUAUUCUUUUGGACUGGUUGAAUGAGGUAUGUGAAGUAUAUAAACUACACCGAGAAACGUUUCAUCUAACAGUGGACUACGUGGACCGGUAUCUUUCAAAUACAGAAGAUGUACAAAAGGGGCGAUUACAACUUAUAGGUAUUACAUGUCUAUUCAUAGCUGCAAAAGUCGAAGAAGUCUACCCACCGAAAAUAGGCGAAUUCGCAUACGUCACAGACGGCGCUUGCACAACAGAAGAAAUUCUACUUGAAGAGCUACUCAUCCUCAAAAUAUUGUCGUGGAGCAUUACACCAAUCACGAUAAACAGCUGGUUGAAUGUUUACAUGCAGCUGGCGAGUGAAGGAAGAAGUGCGAAACGUCGACUUCUAGGAGAAAGUGAUGUCGGCGCGAAUGCUCUCAGAGGAUACACGUUCGUGUUUCCUCAGUAUUCGUCGCUAGAAUUCGUGACAUGUGGACAGUUGAUUGACUUAGCAGUUCUGCAUGUGGAUGUAAAUCAGUUUCCUUAUAGCGCCGUUGCAGCUGCUGCAAUAGCGCACGCUUUCAGCAAGGAGUUGGGCACCAGGGUCUCAGGAUACAGCUGGGAAUCGCUGGAAGGCUGUUACCGAUGGCUGACGCCGUUCGUGGAGGUGGUGCGGGCGGAGGGCCCCGUGUGCGUGGUGCGCGGCGGCGACGGCGAGUUCCUGCAGCGCGCCGCCGGACUCGACCUCAUCUGCCCCGACGUCAACCUCGACGAGAGCCACCGCAUACAGUCACACAACGUCACGCUUGACAUGUUUGAUAAAGUAUACCAGAUGAUGGUAGACCAGUCAACGACACACACUGACACGGCGGGCUCGUCACAAGACACAGAACACAUUUACCCUCCCACCCCACCACAAUCUGACCACAAGAGUCCAAAAACUCCAUCGACUAAAACCCCGUCGACGCGUCACCUCUCACCAGUACCUGAAUCACUACUACUUACGGAAGAGUGA